GCUUGGUCAGUCUCAAUAUACAGAACAUACUGUUUACUGGUUGGCUGUUUCAUCUGCUAUAUCAGAGGGAAAGGUGUCGGAAGAAAAGUGUUUGACAAAGUGCAAGAAAUAUAUGAUACUGAGUUGGCUGAUUAAUCUCAUUAAAAGGAGUUAAAAAGGGAUAGAUGCUAAUUUUGUAUGUGGUAGGAUAUGGGACGACUUAUUUAUUUAAAACGUCAAUCUUAUAUAUGAGGAUGGUCGUCCUGUUGUAGGGAAAUGUGUUGAAAGAAAAGUGUUUGGCAGAGUGCAAGAAAUAUAUGAUACUGAGUUGGACUUUUCAAAUGUGUGUCAGAAGACUCACAUUUGAAUAGAUUUGGUUUGAAUUUGAAUUUGAAUAGAGUUAAUCAAUUAUGAAUUCAGAAAAAAAGAAGAAUAAUGUAACAUACUUGUAGAGGAUUAUGAAGUGACGAAAGAAUAAUACCAGAUGGAAUUAGCCUAAACUAAGAAAAAUCAAACAAAGAUUGGUUUUAUCCAACUAUCCUAUAUCGUAACAAAGACAACCUUGGAGUAAAGCUCAUAAAAUAUUGGGCUAUCAAUUAUUGGUUUUGUCCAACUAUCUCUUUUUAAUCAAUUAUGAAUUCAGAAAAAAAAAGAAGAAUAAUGUAAUAUACUUGUAGAGGAUUAUGAAGUGACGAAAGAAUAAUACCAGAUGGAAUUAGCAUAACUAAGAAAAAUCAAACAAAGAUUGGUUUUAAACAAUUAUUGGUUUUAUCCAACUAUCCUAUAUCGUAACAAAGACAACCUUGGAGUAAAGCUCAUAAAAUAUUGGGCUAUCAAUUAUUGGUUUUAUCCAACUAUCCAAUUAUUGGUUACUUAGGAUGGUUGUCCUGUUGUAGGAAAAGGUGUCGGAAGAAAAGUGUUUGACAAAGUGCAAGAAAUAUAUGAUACUGAGUUGGUUGGCAAACUGUUCCUUAGUUUUUUCCUUUACUUCUUCUUCUCUUUGUUCCUCCACUCCUUUCUGUUUUCCUUCUUCUGUUUCCCUCUUCUUUUUCCUUUUAAAUUUUUCCCUUUUCUUUUUCUGCAUUUCCUUUUUCUCCACUUUUUUGAUUGUUCAGCAUCUUCCUCAUCUUUCUGAACUUCGCUCCACCUUUGCCAACUCUCCCUUGAUGUCGCUGCAUCUCCGUUAAGCCAUUUCAUUAUUGAGUUUUAAACACUUUCAUUAACAGCUUCUGGUUCCAAUUGGUCUUUUCAAAGGUGUGUCCCAAGACUCACAUCUCAGAAACCUUGCCCGAUGAGCGCCAACUAUCCUUGACCUUCACUUCGCCCUUUGAUUGUUCGGCAUUGAACUAUCUUUAUGUUGUCUGGUGAUGUGGUUGCCUUUCAAGCAAUUGAACAAAAACUCAGGAAAAAUACAACAUUCUUCAAACUCAGUCCAUCUAAUUCCCUAGGUUCAAGCAGUGUUUUAGAAUGGUCACUCAAAACAAUUGAGACCGUUGAAGAUGCAUCCAAAAAGGAUUUAACAAAAUCAACUGUUGCAAGAAGUGAAGAAAUUGAAUAUUCAGAUUUAAAUAUGAAUGUGGAAUUAACACCAACCAAGCCCUAUGUGAGUACUUCAGUUAAUAAAGAAGAUAAUGUUACAGCUACAUACGAAGAUUCAACAGAUUCAAAAAUAAGAGACAAAGGGAAAGAUAAAAUUUCAGAAACAACUUUCUGUAAAUUCUCAUUGCCAUCAAAAGGUAUUGUUAUAGCUGAUGAAGGCCAUCGAAUUGCUGACAGAAACAUGAAAAACAAGCCCCUGAAACAUUCAACUGCCGAUACACCUGCUACUGUGAAUUCUCCUAAGGUUUCACCUGCUGAGUGGACAACACUCUGUCGCACACGCAAGAGUGGAGACAAACUGUCUCCAAUGACUCCAGUACAAAAUGAAGACACGAAACCUAACUCGGUUUGUGAACAAAGUGUUGUUCGAAAAAAACUCCGUCUCACAACACCACAAUCUGUUGAAAAUGAAGAUCAUGACUCUGCCACCAAGGACCCAACUAAUGCUGUACCAGACAGUGAUGCAAAAACGUCUACACCCAAGAAUGAUCAUGUCACAGAUCUUUGAAAGAUAUUGGCAGGAAAUAAAAAAAAACAGCAAUGUAUAUAGGUAAAUGAACUAGCUACUAUGAAAAACUUCAAAGGUGUGGUACCGUCACCCCCUUUUUAUGAAAAAAAAAUUGCUUGCAUGAUAAUUACAUCAGUGACAUCUAUUAAACAUGAGGAGAAAAAAUCCUCUGUAUCUUUUGUAUUGCUCCAGCAUUGCAUUAAAAUAAGUUUAGAUGAAGGUAGAAUAUCCAAUGUAAGCAGUGCUGUUGAGUUAAAUCUUUUGAAGAAUUUUCUAAGAACAUGUACAAUAGUUAAUGUUCCUGGAAAACACUACAAAGGGUAGUAUGUUGAUUAUUAGAAAAAUACACUGAUGUAAUGUUCAUUCAUAAAUCAACAUAUAUAAAAUAUAAAUAUUAUGCUAAA